GACAUAUAUUUGCGCGAAAACAGAUUGCUCAUUUUAGUGUAGAUUGUAGAUCAUUUAUGAUUUAGCUUUGAUACCUUUAAACUGUUGAAGUAAUAUUUAAUACAACCCGAGUAAAAUAGUACUAGUCAGUGUGAUAAGAAGUUAAAUGAAGUCCUUAUGGUAUUUAAAGUAAUUUUCCUUAUAAUAUGAAAAUUUUAAGUUGGAACAUUAAUGGAUUACGCACUUUAAAACGCCCGUUAAAAGAGACGCUUGAUAGCUUCAACGCUGAUAUCAUAUGCUUUCAAGAAACAAAAGUAUCACGUAGUUUACUGGAAGAAGAACUAGCCAUUGUGGAGGGAUACAGCUCAUACUACAGUUUCCCACGAUGGCAGAGUGGAUACUCCGGUGUCGCAACUUAUUGCAGAGAUUCAUGUCAACCAGAGAGAGCUGAAGAAGGACUUUCAGGCUUGAUAACAGGACAGAAUUGUCAUGAUGACUCUUUAGGCUUUAAUGGCAACUUUAAAGAGUUUACUUCACAAGAGCUGAUGCUCUUAGAUGCAGAAGGGAGAGCUGUUGUAACUUCACAUGAAGUUCAGUGUAAUAAAAAGGUUGAAAAGCUUGUUAUCAUAAAUGUGUACUGCCCACGUGCUGAUCCUGAGAAGCCUGAACGAGCUGAUUUUAAAUUGCGGUUUUAUUAUCUUUUACAGAAAAGAGCUGAGAAACUAGUACAAAAUGGAUUCCAUGUUAUCAUUGUUGGUGACCUUAAUACUGCACACAAACCAAUUGAUCACUGUGAUCCUGGAGAUGAAGUGGAGUUUAGUCUUCGACCUGACAGACUGUGGCUGAGCAGCUUUUUAGGAGAGUGUUCACCAAAUGAAGAUAACAACAAGGAACAUGACAUUACCUUCAUUGACACAUUCCGACACUUCAAUAAGUCCCACACAGAAGCUUUUACUUGCUGGAUGACUUCAACUGGUGCUCGACAAACAAAUUAUGGAACUCGUCUAGACUAUAUUUUAUGUAACAGAAACUUCAUUAGUCAUGUAAUGAGUAGUAUCAUUCUUCCUGAAAUUAAAGGCUCUGACCAUUGCCCCAUAGCAAUAGAACUACGGUGUGAUCCUGUGGCUUCUAGACGUUGUCCCUCUCUUUGUACUAAAUACUGGCUUGAAUUUGUUGGUAAGCAACAGAAAUUGUCACUAUUCUUAAGACAACCAGUGCAGGUGACAGCACAGAUUACAGAUUUCCAACCAGUUAACUCUUAUAUUCCAAAAAGAAGGGCCAACAGUCAUUCUGAAACUGUUUCAAAGAAGAAACAAAAUGUUCAAAAAAUUAGUCAAAAAUCGAUAACUAGUUUUUUUGUUCCUCAGACUUCCACACUACAAACAACAAUUCCCUCUAAACAAGGUAUUUUAGACUCUGUAGAUAACUCUACCAAUAGUAAUUUGAACAUUUUUACCACCAUAGAUCACCAUUACUCGAGCAAAAAUAGUGCUUCAUCUUGUUACAGUAAUCCUCAUAUGCUGUUCAGCCAUACAGCAUGUGUUAGUGAUGACGAGAAAUCUGUGAAUAUUAUUCCAAGUGGCAGCUCGGAGACAAGCAUGAUCUGCUCACAUGAUGCAGAAAGUGACUGCAAUUCAGAUGGAAAUUUGUCCAGCCAAAGUAGUACAAAAUCUUUUUCAUUAAAGUGUGAAAAUAUCACCAAAAAUUUUCUUCAGAAAAGCACAUACUGUGUUUUAGAAGAAACUGAUGAGCAAUAUCAGAAUCCUUCUUUCACUCUAAAUACUACAAAAAAUAAUCAGUGUCAAGAGUACCAUAUCAACAAUCAAAUGGAAAAACAGAAACAGUUGUGGAAAUCUGUACUGUGUGGUCCUCAACCACCUCCUCUUUGCAAAGGUCACAAAGAACCUUGUGUGUUGAAAACUGUUAAGAAACAGGGACCAAAUAAUGGGCGACAGUUUUUCACCUGUGCCCAUCCAGAGGGUCGAGCAGAAAACCCAGAAGCAAAAUGUAAUCACUUUCAGUGGGUUAAUCCCCCAAAAGUAAAAGGUAAAAGAUGAUAUAGCUAUACCAUUUUAUUAGUAAUGCUAUCUAUUUCAUAUUCCAAUACAAUUGUUAAAUAAGUUAUAAAGAUAUUCCAUUUUACAAUUUGGGUUUGGUGAUUCAGUAUGUUUAUAUGUAUUUUAAAUAUACCCACAUGUAAAAAAUGAAAUAAAAUAUACU